AUGUGUUGGCGAAAGUACAGUGGACUUUUGCCAAUUGGCGAAGUUCCACCGAAUGUGUUGGCGAAAGUACAGUGGACGUUCGCCAAUUGGCGAAGUUCCACCGAAUGUGUUGGCGAAAGUAAAGUGGACGUUCGCCAAUUGGCGAAAGUGAGAUGGGGUAUCUCAGUAAUUACACAACAAUAUUACGAAAGGGUGAGAAAACGUUUUUUAGUCUACGUCGAUUUUACAAUGACAUUGUUGAAAGAUCACUGUACUUUCGCCAAUUGGCGAAAUUCUACUGAAUGUAUUGGCGAAAAUACAGUGAACUUUCGCCAAUUGGCGAAGUUCCAGAGACCAUAUUGGCGAAAGUACAGUGGACUUUCGCCAAUUGGCGAAGCUCCACCGAAUGUAUUGGUGAAAGUACAGUGGACUUUCGCCAAUGGCGAAAGUCCUAUUGGCGAAAGUCUUAUUGGCGAAAUUCCGGAACCCCGUUCUCUAGACAAUAUGUAA